AUGAGUAACUUCGAUUUUCCUCAUAUCGUCAUUAUAGUUGGAAACAAACAAACAACAAAUAAACGUUUAACAACUAUGGAAUCUACAACAACAACAUCAACAAAGAAAACAGUAUUGAUUAUUGGAGCAGGUAUAGGUGGAUUAGUAUUAGCAAAUUAUAUAAAGACACACGACAAGGAUGGGUUAAUCGACAUUCAAAUAUUUGAAAGAGAUAGAUCUGAAGAUUCAAGACUGCAAGGAUAUGUGAUUGGUGUCAAUGCAAUGGGAAUGAAAGCAUUAACAGAAUCAUUGAGCGAUCAGCAAUUGGAAGCAUUGAAAUCAACGGUAUUUGAGUGUCCAAGUCAAUUCAUUAUAGCCGAUCGUAGUUUGGCCUUUUUACUAGCCAUCCAAAGAAACCAAGUCAUGAAUAGAGGUACAUUGCGUCAAGAAUUAAUCAAUGCUCAUAAUCUACAACCAACCAUACACUAUGACAAAAGAUUGGUAUCGUAUACUGAAGAUGAACAAGCUGGUAAAGUAACUGCCACAUUUGAAGAUGGUACAUCUUAUAUAGGAGAUUUCUUGGUUGGAGCAGAUGGAGUUAGAUCAACAGUUCGUAAACAAAAGUUACCAGAUUUUAAAUUUGCAAAUGUCAAUGUCUAUCGUAUCCAAUCACUCGUUGCCGUACCCAAUGACACUGUCGACCAGAUAUUCAAUCCACUACUCGACGUUGUCUACAAGGGCAAUAAACCAGAGAAAGAGGAGAGUGUAGCUAUCAAAUCAAUUGGAAACCAACAAAAUUCAAUCAUCCUUUGUAAAACCAACUCUAUCAAAGAUGCUCGUGACUUUGGUUUGGUUGAUAUUGACAAUUUGGAAUCAUUCUUUAAUAAUGACAGUACCAAUACAACCAUGUUGUUUUGGCAGUACGAGUACCGACCAUUACCAGUUGAGAGUUUACCAGAGACUCGUGAACAAAUGUUAGAGGUAGUUGGUAGUCGUCUAUCAGGAUACCAUCCACUCAUUCAAAAGGUGAUGGUAGAGAUGACCAAACCACACCAUUUACUCUAUGACAAGAUCGAGGCCCUUACUGAAGCUGAUCACACCACUUAUCCCGCCCCAUCUAGAGUGACACUACUAGGUGACGCUGCACAUUGCAUGGUGUCACAUGCUGGCAUGGGUGGAAAUUGUGCUAUUGCAGAUGGUGUGGAUUUGGGGAAAAUCAUUCUAGCUAUCGUCUCUGAAGGCAAAGACCUCACACUGUGCAUGCAAGAGUAUGAAACCAAUAUGCUUGCAAGAGGAUUUGCAGCUGUUAACAUGUCUCGUAGCAAUACUGAAAGAAUGCAUGCAAGACCAGUUGGAGUCAUCGGUGAAGCCAUCCGAAACACAUUCAUGCGUCUAUUUUAUAAAUUAAUUGUUUGGGGUAUCAUUAAAUUGGAUUAA